CACUCACUGGCUAGAGCGAGGCUGGCCAUCAUGUCCAUGCUCGGGGCCGUCCUGAUGCUCUGGGGUCUCUCCCUGGGCCCAGCAACCGAGGCGAUGGAAGCAAUGGACACCAGGCCGAAACUGUGGAUAGAGGUCAAAUCGCCACCAGAACCCUGGGCCAAUGUGACACUGACUUGCCAAGCCCGCGUGAAGACCAAGAGUUUUGAGCUGUUCAAGGAUGGGGUAGCCCAGGAACAUGUACACCUUGGUUUACCCACCAUGGAGCACCGGUUCCCCCUAGGAGCAGUGACAAAUGACACCCGGGGCCUCUACCGCUGCCGCUCUGGCUUGAGCUAUGGAUGGACAGAGCUGAGCAACCUCCUGGAGGUGACAGGGGCAGAGACCCUGCCCCCACCUUGGCUCUCAGCCAAGCCUGUGCCCUGGAUCACACCCGGCCUGGAGACUAAACUGCUGUGCCGCGGGAGAACUGGGGGUGUGACCUUCCUGCUGAGGCUGGAGGGCGACGACCAGUUUUUGGAGGAGGCAGAGGCCCCCAUGGACGCAGAAGCGGCCUUCCCAGUCCGUCGGCCUGGGAACUACAGCUGCAGCUACCGGACCCAUGCGGCAGGCGCGCCCUCUGAGCCUAGUGCCACCGUGACAGUCACAGAGCCCGGUGCACCUAUGCCACCCUGGCUGAGUCUCAAGGGAUACUCUACAGCCAUCAUGAACCUGCACUCCCGCCCGACAUUCAUCUGCACGGCGCCCCUAAGGGACGUGCACUUCCAGCUGAGGCGGGGCGAGGAGGUGCUUGAAGUCCCAGCUGCCUCCACCGACUCAGAAACCGUCUAUUUUGACCUGAACUCGGUGGCUCUGAGCGACCGCGGCUUCUACACCUGCCGCUAUCGGCUGCGUGACCAGCCAACCUGGUCCUGGGACAGUAAGCCCGUCGAGUUGCUGCUCAGCGACGAGACGCUCCCCGCGCCGGAGCUCCUGGUUGAGCCCGCGACUCUGCGGCUCGCGCCCGGCGCGUCGGUGCAGCUGCGGUGCCUGGCGCCCCGGCCCGGCCUGCGCUUCGUCCUGAUGCGCGUGGACCACCGCCAGCGCCGGGUACUCCGUAUCCUGAGCCCCCCGGACACCGAGGCCCGCUUCGAGCUGCGUGACGUCUCGAUGGCGGACUCGGCCAACUACAGCUGCGUCUACGUGGACCCUGCGCCACCCUUCGCGGGCUCGGCGCCCAGCGCGCCCGUGCGCCUCCGCGUGGACGGGCCCCCUCCCAGGCCUCAGCUUAGGCCCCUGUGGAGCGAGCUGGUGACUCCGGGCCGCGACGCCGUCCUGCGCUGUGAGAGCCAGGUGCGAGACGUCACGUUCGAGCUGUUUCGGGCCGGCGAAAGGGUUUUGACCCGGGAAGGCCACCGCUCGGCAAACUUUGUGCUGACCUACGUGGGACCCCAGCACGCGGGCAACUACACCUGCCGCUACUUCAGGUCGUUCCCCGAGGCCUUGGAAUCUGAUUUCAGCGAGCCGGUGGAGCUCCAGGUGGCAGGAAGCUGAUCCAGCUGCAGACCCAGGCUGCUGAUGGCAUCCUUGGCAAGUACUGUCUCCCAUGUGGCGCUGAUCCCUCGUGCUGCAGCUGGAGGCUGGACUCCCCCUGGAGGGGGGGGUGGAGGACUGUCCCUCAUUCCUCCUGGGAAUCAAUAAACGUGAAGAGAGACUUUAAAA